AUGGCUGGCCUCCAGUUGGCACCACCUCUGCCUGUGGGCGUUAUGCUUCCUUAUAAUAAAACAGAAGCUCCAGGGCUCCUCUCAGCUAAACAAAAGCCCUAUGAAAAAGGUGACUCUCCUCAGCGGUCCUCCAUGGGGCAUCUGAGGAACAAUUCCCGGCAGAAGCUUUUGAGCAACAAAGAGCUGACACUGGAUAAUCUCUACACUCACUCCAAGUGGAACACCUGCACAAAAGCCCGGAACUACUCCUAUCCCCACUGUGUUGGAAUCAGCCAGCAAGAUUCAAGAAGCAAUCCCCAGGGCCAAGCAAAGGGUUUGUUUUACUCAUCAAGUCCUCAGUCCCGGUAUUCCAAAGCAAAUAAUCAGGAAUUCAUCCCCUUCACAAAGAAGCGAGUUGGGGUAGACCGGGCAUACCCCCUGAAACCCAUGUUCCAUACGAAGUCUCAUAGUACAUGUGAGGCUGGCAUUGAUGGGGACCAGAAUGUCUCUCCAAGACCCCCUGAACCAAGAGAGUUUCCAUACAGCAGUUUUGAUUCAAGGAACUGGGUGAAUCCAGCUGUGGUUCGUGCUGUUGUUGCAAACCCCAACAGGACUGAGUGGGUGCAGAUCCAAAGACUAGAAGCUGCAGGGGAGAGCUUACAGGAGGAAAUCCGAAGAAAAGAGACCCUUCUAAGGGAAAAGCUGAAGAAGACAGAGGAGGAACUCAGAAGGAUCCAGAAAGAAAAGGAACAGGCUAAGGAAAAUGAAAAAAGAGAGCUACAGAGAAUGACACUCCCCAGGAGGAGAGGUAAAGGUAAUAGCAACACCACAUACAAACCUACCUUCUCCCCAGAAUUCGGGUCUGAGGAGGUCUUCAGUAGAGACAGGGGGGAGGAUGAAACUUGGGGACGGUCUCGAGAAAAUUCUAGUCCAUUUCAGCUCUCUGAUUAUGGAAUACAGAAGCUCAAAAGGGAAAGACUGGUGGCAAGCAAUUACAAAAUCCGAGACCUAGUCUCAGAGCCAUCAGAGGAGUGUCCUCAGUCUUCAGAAGGGCCUGGCCAUGCUUUGCGGGGAGCCACCAGCAAUCCUAGUUUGUCUAGGGUACCAGACUCCUCGGUUUCCAGCUGUUCCACUGAAGAGCCCGAACUUGGCGAAUGUAGCCACUGUGGACGCAAGUUUCUGUUGCUCAGGCUGGAGAGACACUCCAACGUCUGCCGCAGGAUGCAGGGUUCCAAGAGGAAAGUGUUUGACUCCUCCAGGGCCCGGGCCAAGGGCACAGAACUAGAGCAGUACUUGAACUGGAAGGGACCAGCCUCAGUCAAGGCUGAACCUCCUCAGAAGAGCAACUGGAGACAGAAGCAUGAGUCUUUCAUCCGUACUCUCCGUCACGCUCGAGAGGUCCAGCAGGUCAUUGCCAAAGGUGGAAACCCCUCAGACUUGCCUCCCAUCCUGCCUGCAGAAAAUCCAGAUUAUAUUCAGUGUCCUCACUGUAGCCGCCACUUUGCUCCCAAGGUGGCCGAGCGGCACAUUCCCAAGUGUAAGACCAUUAAGAACCGGCCUCCACCUCCAAGGAAGCAUUACAGUUGA